CUGAUUAGCUUAUGCUUCUAAAAACCACUUUGAUUGAUGGGUACAAUAGAAUACUCCUUUAUAAAUUAAUCAAUAUUCAACGCUGUACUUAUCCACUUCAAUAAUGCACACAUGAAGUAAAACAUAUCCUUCUUUCAAUACUUUACUUUCUCUCUCUCAUUCAAUAAAAUCAGUAGAUUGCAGAACCUACUUUUCCACAUCAAAGCCAAACAAAGCUAAAUAGUGCUACACUUCUCAGUUGAUCAACAGUGUUCUGGGAAAUCAUUUCAAACGUGACAGAAACAGGGCAUGACUCCUUCAACUAACAAUCUGAGGAAACUUCUUGAAUAUCGAUUCAAGAACGAAAGGCUUGAAAUGUUCCAUGGUCAAGGACAACUUGUUCUAAUUGUUGCCCAGUUUAUGAUAAAAAUGUGCGGUGAAGAUGAUGAAGUAAUUGCUUUGCUAAAGAGACUUGACGAUUUGGCGAGGAAUUGCUCGGGAUCCAGUCGACAUAGUAAAGAAUACAUAAACUUUUCCUUAUUAUUUAGGUCUUUCAUGGCAAGGCUUAGAGUAUUCUUCGAAGUCCCGAAUUCCAUGCAGAAUCUCAUUAAUCCUAAUGAGCGUGUUGCGGUCUUCAUUGACCUUUUCCUCGAAAUUUUAGAAGAAAUACUUCGUCUUCAGCCAAAUUUCAUUCUUCCUGUCAACGAUUCAAUUCAAACUCUUAAUAUGGAACUAAAAUUUCUUAUCACCUUUCUUGGGGAUAAACCAUCGCAGCCCACUGAGCUCCAUACAACCAAGAUUGUAUUGGUAGAUAUUGAAGCUGUAGCCAAUAAAGUGGGAAGUUUUUUAUAUUCUUUCUUUCUCGUCACAGACCGUAUUUCGGUCACUGCUAUGAAGCAGAAUCUUUUGCAUUUGUUGGAAAAUCUGAGGCUCCUGAACGAAAAGAUAAAAGAGCACUGCAUCUCACUCACAGAAAUAUUACAGAGUGAUAGGAUCCCAAAUACAGAUGUGGUUUCGCUCUUCCUUGUUGACUCAAUUCUAGACGAUCUCAAGAUUAUACUGAAUCACAAUGACGACAGGAUUUCUUCUGUGAAGGCUGAAAUUGGAACAAUCCAUAGUGAGCUAAUGUCCUUGCAAUACUUGCUUGCUCACAUGGAGGUGGAACGAUAUUCAGAGCUUGAAGAAUUUGUUAUACGAAUUAGAGACAUAGCAUAUGAAGUUGAAUAUGUAGUCAGCUCAUUUUCUCCUGUAUGGUAUCUCAAAAUCAGGCUUCCUCAAGUAGUUGACAAGAUUACGCUUGUUAGGAUACAACUCCAAGAAAUGAAGAAGAAAUAUUCUGCUGGAAUGCUAAAGGAUGCAGAAUAUCCAAGGCAACAAAUGUUAUUGCAAACUCAGACACCUGACACUGGAGACAUUGUUGGCUUAGAGGAUGAGGUGACAAAAAUUAAAGAGCAACUCCUUACAGGCACAAAGCAGCUACAAUUUAUUUCUAUUUUUGGGAUGCCAGGACUUGGCAAGACUACUUUGGCAAAGAAAGUUUAUCACGAUCCUUCGAUUGUUAAACAUUUUGACAAGCGCGCCUGGUGUGUUGUCUCUCAAAAUUAUCAACGUAGAAAUAUCUUAAUUGAAAUUUUAACAUCAAUGAAUGUCCUUAACAAAGAAGCAAUGAUGGACAUGGACGACAAUAGUUUGGGUGGCAAACUCUAUCAAAGUUUAAUAAGUAGAAGAUACAUCAUUGUCAUGGACGAUAUAUGGGAUGUCAGUCCGUGGAAUAAUAUCAAAGCAUACAUUCCAAACGGUGAACAAGGAAGCAGAAUUUUAUUCACCACUAGGGAUAAAGAUGUGGCUCCCAAAGCUUCAUCUUCUGCCAUUAUUAAUCCUCUUAAACGCUUGACGGAUGAGGAAUGUUGGAAUUUAUUGAAGAGGAAGGUAUUCCAACAAAUUUCAUUCCCUGAAAAUUUGACAGUCACAGGAGAGGAAAUUGCAAGAAAAUGUGAUGGAUUACCACUUGCAGUUGUUGUCAUAGCUGCAGUUCUCGCAAAUAUGCAGAAGGAACCAAAGUUAUGGGAGGAUGUUGCUGAAAGAAUAAGUUCACACAGAGCUAAAGAGUCAGACAAGUUCAUGAAUAUACUGGAGCUUAGUUACAAUUCUUUACCUAUGCAUUUGAAACCAUGUUUUCUUUACUUCGGAACCUUUGAGGAAGACAGGGAAAUCGCAGUCCGGAAGUUGAUAUCGCUAUGGAUUGCUGAAGGGUUUGUCGAGAAAGUAGAGAACAUGAGCAUGGAGGCUGCAGCACAGGAGUACCUGAAACAUCUCAUUAAUAGAAGCCUGGUACAAGUUGCCAAAAGAAGAUCCGAUGGUGGAGUCAAAACUUGCCGUAUUCAUGACCUCUUGCGUGAUAUGUGCUUGCAAAUAGCUGAAAAAGAUAAAUUUAUGAAGGUGAUUCAAAAUCAGUUGUCAGUAUAUGAGCAAUGUCAACGCCUAAGCAUUCACUCUCGCUCAAUUCCUUCUUUUUCGAGACCAUUUGGACUGCAUGUUCGCUCACUGUUAGGAAACUUACCUGAUCCCUCCACAUUCAUCUUUGGCAACUUGAAACUUCUUAAGGUAUUGGAUUUAUCAAGCAUGGACUUCAGAUUUUACAAUACACCACGAGUAGAGGAUUUGGUUCUCUUAAGGUUCUUGGCAGUUUCUUCUGUACCAUCAUCAAUAGAGAGGUUUCAAAAUCUAGAAUUUCUUUUUGUGGAUAAUAGGAAAACAGUUGAAAUACCGGAGAACCUUUUUAAUAUGGUGAAGCUAAAACAUGUAUAUUUCAGCGGUGGUGCACAAUUCAGUAAAUCCUGGCGUGAGCAAGCAGCUAAGGGCAAGACGUUCCCAGAAAGUAGCCUACAAAGAAUUUCUUAUGUUUCCAUUUAUGAUGAAAAUGAUGAGAAAAUCUUGAGAUACUCACCUAACAUCCGAAGACUGAAAUGUAGAUUUGCAGUAUUUUUUGAUUCAUCAGAAAACAACUAUCGCUAUCCUACCUUGAAUUUCCUUGGUCAGCUAGAAUCCCUCAGCAUAUCUUUCCGUCGGAGUUAUGUUAUAGAUGACCCCAGUCCCGAUUUAACCAAUUUACCCUUGAAAUUAAGAAGGUUGACUCUCCGUAACUUCAAUUUAUCUUGGAAGCAAAUGGAAAUAGUUGGAACACUACCUGAGCUUGAGGUUCUCAAGUUACGAAAUGGUACCAUUGAGGAAAAAAGAUGGGACACAAGUGAAGGUGAAUUUAAAAAACUUAAAUUCUUGGAACUAGAUGAGGUACAAAUUGAACAAUGGAAUGUCUCAAUGUAUGAUUUUCCGGAACUUGAACGAUUAGUUUUGCGAAACUGCCAGCAUUUGGAGAUCCCUUCUGAUUUUGGCUAUUGUGAACGUCUACUAAAGAUUGAGGUACAUGGUUGCGAAGAAUCUGUUGAACUCUCUGCUUCGGAGAUUAAAAAAGAGCAAGAAGAUUACAGUCAUGAUAUCGAAGUCCUUAUCUCCAACUCCUGAUAAGAGUUCUUUCUUAUGUAAUUUAAGUUUGAAAAUCUCAUUUUGCAGGUCUCUCCUCUCAAUAUUCAGACUUAACAUUAUGCGCUGUUUUUAUUUCUUGCAUU